UAUUCUAUCCUACAAGAAUUCCCUCCUCUUCUCUCUGACCUCUCCUCAUUAGAAUAAAAAAAAAAUAAAAAACAAAUAUAUAAACAAAAACAAAGAAACCAAAACACAGUUGUUUCAACAAUCAUCCUCCUCUCUCUCUCUCUCUCUCUCUCUCUCUCUCUCGUGCUGGUUCUUUCUCUGAAGAAUCAUUCUAUAAAGGACAUUUCUCAUUUCUUCAAUUCACUGGUAAUAUGUCAUCUCUCUCAUAGAUCUUACACUGAAUCUUUUAAUUAUUUUUGUCAGGCCACUUCCUCCUGACUACUUGAAAAGAACAGGCUUCAAUCAUUGGAUGAUUGUAGGUUAUUAGCAAAGCAAUGAAUCACCGUCCAAUGGAACUGGGGAGGCCUGCCUCAGGUAAAAGAAGAUUAAAAGAUCUAUUGCUGCAAAAAGAUAAUCGCUCUUGUGCUGAUUGUGGUGCUCCAGAUCCUAAAUGGGCGUCAGCAAAUAUUGGAGUUUUUAUAUGCUUAAAAUGUUGUGGUGUGCAUAGGAGCCUUGGUACUCAUAUAUCAAAGGUUUUGUCAGUGACACUGGAUGAAUGGUCUGAUGAUGAAAUUGAUGCAAUGAUAGAAGUUGGGGGAAAUUCUUCUGCUAAUGCAAUUUAUGAGGCUUUUAUUCCAGAUGGAUGUUCAAAGCCUGGACCAGAUGCUGGUCACGAGGAACGCUCAAAAUUCAUCCGGUCAAAGUAUGAGGCUCAAGAAUUUCUGAAACCUAGCUUGCGGAUUAACUCAGGUCCUUCUAGAAAGAACUCUCUUCAGAACACUCUCCAAUCAAGUAGUUUUUCUAGAAAGAUUAUCGAUAGUUUUCGUUCAAAUUCUUCGCAGAAAACGGAAGGUAUGGUAGAAUUUAUUGGAUUAUUGAAGGUAAAGGUGAUUAGAGGCACAAAUUUAGCUAUUCGAGAUAUGAUGACAAGUGAUCCUUAUGUCAUCCUGACUCUUGGGCAACAGACUCUUCAGACGACUAUAAUAAAAAGUAACUUGAAUCCAGUCUGGAAUGAAGAACUCAUGCUGUCUGUUCCUCAGCGAUAUGGAGCUUUACAGUUGCGGGUGUUUGAUCAUGACACAUUCUCGGCUGAUGACAUAAUGGGAGAAGCAGAGGUUGAUCUUCAGCCCUUGAUAACAUCUGCAAUGGCAUUUGGGGAUGCAGGAAUGUUUGGGAACAUGCAAAUUGGAAAAUGGCUGAAGUCAAAUGACAAUGCCCUCGUAGACGAUAGCACCGUUAACAUUGUUGAUGGGAAGGUAAAACAGGAGGUGACACUCAAGCUCCAGAAUGUGGAAUGUGGAGAAAUAGAUUUAGAACUAGAGUGGAUGCCUCUUGAGCAAUAGGUAAAUAAUUUAUUUAUUCUUCCCAUUUUAUUUUUAAUAAGAAUCUGUAAUUUUUGGUUGAGUUACUUGUAUGGAAUGGCACCAUACACUUGUCUCCAUUCUUUUGUAUUUGUUGAUAGAAAUUCCAGUUUUCUCUCUUAUUUGUGAAUCGUUUGACAAAAACCAGAGCAUGAGCACGUAUUCA